GCUGCUGAGCGGAGGGGUGAAGAGUGCGCCUUUGUCGUCCGCUGUCAUUCUGCUUCUCGCCUCCUCCUCCUCCGCUACUGCUGCUACUACUGCUGCUUCUGCUGCCGCUGCCUUUCCACCUCGUUUCAUUCAUACCCGAGCACUGAUGAGCGGCUUGUAACCGGCGAGCUGUUCUGUACACGAUCUCCGUUUGUGCGUGGUUUUCGCUUCACGCUGUUUUUGCUGCUGAAUCGGUUGUUUGCUGUUAAUCUAACAAAAGCGAGGCGCUCCGUACAGCCGCUCGAUUCACUGAGAACGAGGAGUCGCAUGGUGGUGUUUUCAGGACCAAUGCAGAAAAGGGAGAAAAGUUUCGGUAUACAAAUGCUUUCCGUCCAGCCGGACACCAAGCCAAAGGGCUGUGCCGGCUGCAACCGGAAGAUCAAGGACCGCUACCUACUGAAGGCCCUGGACAAGUACUGGCAUGAAGACUGCCUAAAAUGUGCAUGCUGUGACUGCCGCCUGGGUGAGGUCGGCUCCACGCUCUACACAAAGGCCAACCUCAUCUUAUGCCGGCGGGAUUACCUACGGUUGUUCGGUGUGACGGGGAACUGUGCAGCCUGCAGCAAGCUCAUACCUGCCUUCGAGAUGGUCAUGAGGGCCAAGGAAAACGUCUAUCACCUGGACUGCUUUGCCUGCCAGCUCUGUAACCAGAGGUUUUGCGUAGGAGACAAAUUCUUUCUGAAGAACAACAUGAUUUUGUGUCAGACAGACUACGAAGAAGGGCUGAUGAAGGAAGGCUACGCCCCGCAGGUCCGCUGACCCCUAGGCGAUCCCUUGACUCGUUAUGGAGAGGGCUGGAAGAUGACCUGAAAGACAGUCACCGAAAGCACUCUCAUCUUUUCCAGCCCCUGUCCAUGAUAAUGUACAUAAGAAAAGCCCAACUAUGGGGCAUUGCUGUACAGAAUAGCCAUAAAGACUGGUUAUAAGUGAAGGUUUUUACAAAUCCACCAGAGCAAACUAAUGCUAGUCUUGGGACAUUGAUUUGGCUCUUUCUUCUACCCUGCAUCCAUACCUACCCAGCUUUUUAAAGCCAGCCCAACCUAAGAGCUAAAAGCUCCACUGUAAACCUAUAGACACACAUUCAACCCUGCAAAAUGCAACAAUUUUAGUAGAUCCAUUUCAUUUCCAUUAAAUUGAGGACUAUGAAAAAAAGCAAACAGUCAGUAGAUUAAAGUGCAAAGGGUAAAAAGUGUAGUGCUUUGGGCUGAGAGCCAUGUGAACAUCUCAGGUUCAGGUGGGUUCCUUAUUUAUUUUAGUAAAGAAAAAGUGAUUGGCAGUCAUCAUUCGCCUGGUCCAGCCGGUCCAUGUGCGAUCGCUACACAACUUAAUCAAAAUUAUACAAAAGCUUUGUAUCAAACACAAUCUUUAGAAUUUAUAGAAUGGAUUUUUGUUGGGACACUGUGGGGAUCUGAAUGGAUAUGUGGGGUCUGUUUAAUUCUUUUAUAUGGUGUAUUUAUUUGAUUCUUUUCUCUUUUUGCCAGUGUGUAUCAUACUGAGGCUUUGUCCUUGACAUGUUUAUACUUGAAUUGGAUCACUGUCCGGUUGCCGAGCCUCUCGUCCUGCACACCGAUACUUGUGCUAGUAUCAGUAGACCAAGUCAUAACCAAGGGAUGUUUGUGGAACCCUUGUAACUCUUAAAGCUUGGGGCUUUUUUUCUCUUUGAGAGGCACCGAACUAAGUGCAAAUCAGCGCUACUGUACCAUGCUUAAGCAAAGUUUACCGUCAGUUAUGGACAAAGCCUAAUAAAAAGAAACUGUUUUGUAAAUGUUGAUUGUACAUAUUGAUUAAAAAACCUUUUUGCUUGCUGUUAUAUAAUGAUUUUCUUUUAAUGUGUCACUCAGCAUGAGAUGUUUAUUUUUAGGAUGUGUAAAUACUGUACUGUAAUCAUUUUAAGCACAAAUGUAAUACAGUUUUAUUGUGUUA